AUGAUCAUCGCUACAAUGGUAGCUUUAUCAGGUUUCCUGAUCAUGCUCUCACUCACUGCUGGACUGGACGCACUGUCCUUCAGCUACAGCAGCUUCGAUCAAUGCAGCGACUCCAUCAAGCUGUACGGAGAGGCAUCUUGUAUGAAUUCUGGGAUUCAACUGACCGGCUUCGGAUAUUACGUGAUCGGCCAGGCCAGAUACUCCAAACCAAUGCCCCUCUGGGACGCCACCACGGGCAGUGUUGCCAAUUUCACUACCACUUUCAUCUUCGAAAUCGCCAGUAACAACAAUUCCUCGUGCUGUGACGGCUUGGCAUUCUUCCUGGCACCGCAAAACUACAGCAUCCCAGUGGGCGGGGGAGCCAGCGGAGGGUUGGGGCUUAUAUAUGCUAACCUCACUUAUGACUCCGCCUCGGAAAAUCCAUUCGUGGCGGUUGAGUUCGACACCUACAACAACGAGUGGGAUUCUUGGAACGGCAGCAGCCAUGUGGGAAUUGAUAUCAACUCUCUGCAGUCUGUUGCCAGUAAGAGAUGGAGGAGGCAUUAUAAUGGCAAGGGUACUCGUCGAAUGCGUGCACGAAUUUCAUACGAUAAGGAUGCCAAUACUCUGUGCGCAAGCUGGUUCAGUAGUAGGGAUAAUAGUGGCCAGUUCAAGUUCGACGAUACCCUUUGCUAUGGAGUUGAUUUGACGCAUUACUUGCCGGAACAAGUAGUCUUCGGCUUCUCCAGCUCAACCGCUUGGAGGUCUCAGUCUCACACCAUCAGUUCCUGGUCCUUUUCCUCUUCCAAUCUAGUCACAGCAACGCCAACUGGUUCAUCUGCAAGAAAAGACAGAAGCGAUGGCGAAAAUGGUCACUUGACCAUGGGACUGUUGAUCGGAAUGUUACUGGCCGGUCUUGCUCUUGUAGCAGUAUGGUUCUGUGUGUGCAGGCGUGUCUGUUGGAGGAGGAAUGCGGACCAAAGUCCUUUGGCUAAGCGCGAAUUGCUUAUUGCUCCCUUGCGUGGUGGUAGCCAGGGGCAAGAGCAAGACAUCACUAGUGCUGGUAGUGUUAGUACCAUGCGAGGACCUCGGCUUCUACACAGGAUCAAUCCCGGAGCGAAAUACAUCUCACCAGAGGCGGUUCGUGGAGCAACAAACAAUUUCAGUGAGAUGUUGGGGAGAGGCGGGUUCGGAGCAGUAUAUAAGGGAGAACUUGACGGUAGAGACAUUGCAGUGAAGAAACUGUUCCAGGUGACGGCGGCUAGAGGCAACAAGGAGGGGUACAUGGCAGAGUUAACGGUGAUAUCACAGUUGAGGCACCACAAUUUGGUUGAACUACUUGGAUGGUCAUGCGACGAGUCGGGUGACCUCUACUUGGUCUACGAAUACAUGGAGAAUGGUAGCUUGGAUGAUCAUCUACGCAGACAUGGGCCUGGCCAGCAACCGCUCACAUGGGAAAUCAGAUUCCGAAUCGCCAAGGAUUUGGGUUCGGGGCUACUCUACUUGCACGGAGGGUGCACAGAAUGUGUGCUGCAUAGGGACAUCAAGCCCGCUAAUGUUCUGCUGGAUUCUCGUUUGAGAGCCAAGCUAUCUGAUUUUGGACUGGCUCGCGUGGUGGGACACGACGACCGCUCCCAGUCCUUGAUCUCCGGGAGCGAGGGGUACCUCGCUCACGAGGUUUUGGAGACUGGGAAGUCAACGAAACACUCCGACGUCUUCAGUUUUGGGGUGGUGGCUCUGCAAAUCGUUAGCGGGAAGCCCGCGUAUGUCAUCAACAAUUCAACCCAGCGUCGUCACAUUGUGGAGUGGGCUUGGGGUCUAUAUGGGGAAGGUCAUGUUCAAGCUGUUGUCGACCCUAAGCUACAUGGUGUGUUUGUGGAGGAACAGGUCCGUCUUUUGGUUCAAGUAGCUCUUCACUGCACUCACCCAGAUCCUUCCCUCAGGCCUCCGAUGAAGGACGUCAUGGAUGCGCUGAACGUCAGGCCUGGAUUGCCCCCUCUGCCAUUGCAAUAUCCCAUCCGUCGUAGCUCCCAGGCCGAGCUGCUCCCUUCGCUGUCGCGAAUCCUUGAACAAUCACAGCAGGCGGUUGUUUCCUCUCUGCAGCAGCAGCCAGUACCAUCAGGAGUUGUUCCACCGGCACAGGAUCAGAUUGGCAGCUUUGAUCAGCCUGUCACAAGUGUUCUUCGAGCUCAGGCAGCUGCUUCCCGUCUCUAUUGCACGGUCUAG